UUUUUUUUUGUUUUUGUUUUCAUAUAGAAAUGUCAUUUACACAUAACCGUUUUGGUGUCCUCUUGGGCGAAGAAGAAACUGAAGUUGAUAAGCUCGGAAACACUAAGCCUGUUGAAAAAAAAGGUGAACCUCAACCACCUACCCGACGCGACUUGAGAAGAACAAGUCAUAGACAACCUGCAGUCUCUCCUCCUUCAAGACGUGAUCGUGGUGGUCGUAAGAACCUGUCUGAAACCAAUGCUGCUAUUGAUACGACUGAAACGAACAAGCAAAGACCACCUCGACCUGCUGGAGGAGGACGUUCAGAGUUUACUGGUCGCGGUCGUCAAUUUGACCGUCAUAGUGGUACUGGUAUUAUUGAUAAUGAAAAGAAAAUCAACCAAGGUUGGGGUGAAGCCGGUACUGCUGAAUUUGAAGGUGCCAAUGACGUAUUGGAUCCUAAUGAUCCUGCUGCUGGCGAAACACGUCAUGCUCGUGCAAACGAAGACACGGAAGAUAAUACCAAGACUUUGGAUGAAUAUCUCGCUGAAAAGAAAAAUGCUAGCCACAAUCUCCGUCUUAACCAAGGCCGUCAAGCCAACGAAGGUGCUGAUGACAGUCAAUGGAAAAACACGGUUGUUCUUGAAAAAGAAAAAGACGUCUUUUUGUUGGCAAGUGAAGUAAAAUUAAAGAACAAGAACAAGAAAGAAAAAGUGUAUUUGGAAAUUGAUCAACCUGCUCAUCGUAGUAGUAGUGGUGGUGGUCGCGGUGGUGGACGCGGUGGUCGUGGUGGUCGUGGCAAUAACCGCCAUAGUGGCAAUCAUCGUGGUCAACAAGGAUCUGUCAAUUUAUCAGAUGCUAGUGCUUUCCCUACUUUGGGUGCUUAA